AUGGCUGCCCUUGACAGGCGCUGGGAGUGGGAAUGGAAUGAUUCUCCUCGCCCCUGUCCAAACCACGUCCCCCAAGUCUUCAAUGAGGCUUUGCGACGAGGUGGAAAGAGCAGUAGGCUGCGGGCGUGUUCUAACACGUGCCUCCUUGUGAAGGAGCUCAGCCAGCGAACCAGCUCCAACCUGCUGUGCCUCCGAAACCUUUAUGUGCUCCCAUCUGCCCACCUCUCAUUAACCAGGCACGCAAGACCCUGUAUCAGACCUGUAUCUCCAGGUAUAUCACUCACUGCUCCCCAGGAAACACCAAGAACAGCGCCCAAUGCAAGCCCAUCUCUUCUAUCCCCUGUUAGAAGAGAGGCCGCCGCCGGGCCCCCCACCCUGCCCACCACGGCCACACCCCGCGCUCUGGCAGCAGGGGCGCCCGCACCCAGGAAGGCCACCCUCACACACCCGGGGAAGGCGAUCCUGGCAGGUGACGUCGAAAUCUGCAUCACCUCCCCCACCGAGUACGUGAAGACGCAGCUGCAGCUGGACGAGCGCUUGCACCCGCCGCGCUAUCAGGGCAUCGGGGACUGCAUGCGGUGGACAGUCCACAACCAUGGCGUCCCGGUCCUGUACCGCGGCCUCAUCUCCCUGCUCUAUGGCUCCAUCCCGAAGGCAGCCGUCCGGUUCGGGAUGUUCGAGUUUCUCAGCAACCACAUGCAGGACGCCCAGGGACGCCUGGACAGCACGCACGGGCUGCUGUGCGGCCUGGGCGCUGGUGUGGCAGAUGCCGUGGUGGUCGUGUGCCCCGUGGAGACCAUCAAAGUGAAGUUCAUCCAUGACCAGACCUCCCCCAGCCCCAAAUACAGAGGAUUCUUCCACGGGGUCAGGGAGAUCGUUUGGGAACAAGGGCUGAAAGGGACAUACCAGGACUUCGUGGCCACUGUGCUGAAGCAGGGAUCCAACCAGGCCAUUCUCGUCUUCGUCGUGACCUCCUUGCGCAACUGGUACCAAGGGGGCAAACCCAACAAGCCCAUGAACCCUCUGAUCACUGGUGUGUUUGGCGCCAUCACAGGCACAGCCAGUGUCCAUGGGAACACUCCUCUGGACGUGAUCAAGACCCGGAUGCAGGGCCUGGAGGCGCUCAAGUACCACAAAAUGUGGGACCGUGGCCUGCAGAUCCUGAGGAACGAGGGCCCCAAAGCGUUCUACAAGGGCACCGUCCCCCGCCUGGGCCGGGUGUGCCUGGACGUGGCCAUCGUGUGCGUCAUGGUGAAGCUGCUCAACAAAGUGUGGAAGACGGACUGAGCCCCGGGGUCUGCACAUGGGCUGCCCCCAGCGCCCCCUUCUCGUGAUUCCAGUGCAGUCGUGCCAGAAGGCCCCCUUCCCCUGUCCCUCGCAGUCCAUGGCCCAGGGCUUUCCCCUGUGGCCGUCGAGUCCAUGUGUCCCCUGUGGUCUGUAUGACACCACCAUGGUGUCCAUGUGUCCAGCUGAGACCAGGUGUUCCUCUGGCCUGUGAAUCUGUGCUCACUUGUCCACGUGCUUACUCGUGUGCCUGUGUUUCAUGUUUCGUGUCCUGUGACCCUGUGCCCCACUUCCUGGGGUGCCCGUGUGCCCUGGGUCAUGGCCCCGUAGCCAUGGCCUGGUCCCAGCCUGGUGCCUUCCACCCUGGGCAGCAGGGGCAUCGCCCCGGCCUACCACAGCUGCCUCUGGGCCUCAGCCUGGCCUCACUGCAUUCCACAGGCUGCCUAUCCCCCCGCAUCUCCCACCACUGGCCUUAACCGGCCCUUGGGCCCUCCCUCUCUCCCGGACAGGGUGGCACCUGCCACACUCAGGACCACCCUUCCAAGGCAGAGUAAACCGGAUCCUGUUGCAGCCUCCUGUCCCUGAGUCAGCCCGUCUGUGGGUGGGCAGUGGUGGCCAUGCCGCUGCUGAGGGCAGGCCCACUCCUCACCCGAGGACACUGUCGGGGCCAGGCAGGCUGGUGGGCAAGUGAGCUGCGGCCACAGUAUCAGCCCUCUGGGAGGCCUGACACUAGGCCAAGGAACAUCUGGCCUCCAUCCAGGCCUUGCCUGUGGCCUGGGGGCAAGAUCCUGCAGGGUCAGCUGGAGGGUGUGUCCUCGGGGGUCACCUGGUAGGCAACAUCUAGGGGGCAGAGGAGAACUGCCCCACACUGGUGGCUGGACCUGGAGACAGUGCUCUCGGCCUCUUGUCUGCCCUGCAGCCUGUGGCCCAACCCAGCUUACUCCCUCAUGGUUUCCCUGUGAAAUGGUCUGCUUGAGGGGCACUGCUUUGGGGUGACCAAUUUCUGGUCCCCUGAGACUCUGAGCAGGAGGCCCUUUCUUAAAAAAAAAAAAAAAAAAAAAAUCCUUCUUCCAACACUGAAUCAAGAUGUGCUCAUGAAUGUACUUAAAGUGUCCGUCAGUGCCCAGCUCCCCAGAGAUGGUCAAUAGCUAGCAAUGGUCCAAUUAUUAUUUCCUGGGAUAAUACUGUCCACAUGGUAGUUGUUUAAUCCAUAGUAGCCAAAUAAAGGAACUACUUUAUCAAAAUGAUGAUUCCUUUUUCUAAAAACCUAUACAUAUGAGAUCUCCUACUUCCUUAGUAAUUUGAAGAGGCUGCCCAAAGGAAAGCAGUUAGAAAAUGUUUAAAUGUUCCUAAACAUACAAAUAAUGAGCAAAUAUGAUUGCUUUUUAUAAUUUUCUCUAUAUUUUUGCAGUUAUCGUAACAUCAUUUUCAUUAAGAACAGCUUGGUGAAUACAGAAAACCAAAACCAAGAAAAUCACGAUCCUCCCCCACCCAACCAACUACUAAUACUUCAUUGUAUUUUCUUCUAGUCUUUGUUUAUAGAUUUGCUUGUUUAAAAUAUAGUGUUUUCAUGCUCUAUAUAAAAUUUGUGCCCUGUAAAAGGUGAUAAAAUUCCCUGAAAAUCAGGGAAAUUACUACCAUUUAUGGUCUACUUACCGUAUGCCAGGCACUUUACUUGCAUUCUCUUACUUAACUCUCAAAACCUCCCAAUGGGGUAAAUACUAUUACCAUCCCUAUUUAUAUAUGAGAAACCUGAGACUCAAAGAAAUCCAGAGCGCAAAGCUAGUAAAUGGCAGAGCUGGGGUAAGAAUGCAGGCAGCCCAGCCCUGGGACCUGUGUUCUUAACCACUGCCUGCAAAGAGCCCUUCUCUGCGUGACCAGUGUGGGUGAUUGAGAGCAAUUUACCUUCUUUCCUUUAACAACAGUGAGAUUGAGAAACUCUUCCCCACCAGUGCCUAUGCCAUGCUAGUUCCAGUAACAAUCUGAAUAAUCAUUUCUUUAGCCCCUGUUUACACCAUCCACCACCCUAGUUCACUAUCUCUGACCCUCACAAGAAGCUUUGAAGGUUUGUGUACUGUACGCACCAUUCCACAGCUGAGGAAACAAGGCUCAGAGAGCCCAGGUAACUUAGGCACCAUCCCGGAGAUGGACAGUUGAGCUUCUAACUCCGGGGCACCAUCAUACUGCUUCUCAAUAAAAAACUCCCUUAAGACCCAGAUAAGAAUGAGAAGAGAAUGGUCCUUAGCCAUUUGCAUAUUAGUGACAUUAGUGUGUUUCUGUGGCACCAAACUGGUGGGAUCCAGAAGGCAGGAUGUGCAUGUUUGGGUUGAUUUGGGGUGGGGGGGGGUGGAUAUUAAGCCCCAGGCAAGUGGACGUGGCACAGGGCACCUCAGAGAACCAGGCCCCACUGUCUUCCAGGUACUGUUCCUGUGGAAGCCUCUGAAAUCAGGUGUCAAAAGAAAUAAUUACCUAAGGGGAAGGCAGAUUUGUUUGGAUAAACUCUGUUAUUUAUAUGAAGUACAUCUGUUGUUGCUGACUCCAGACAUUUUCACGGGCCAGGAAGCUGGCUUAUUUAAAAUUAUGUACGUUGAAAGGACUUUAGAAAUUUCAUUGAGAAAACUGAGGCCAAAGAAAUGACAUGUUCAAAGGAAGUUAGCAGAAUGGAAGGAUCUAGAAUUCUCCAGCCUCCCCCAUCCAAGUCCAUUGAACUUUCCACUACACUAUUUUGCUUUAUCUAAUUUUUGAAAGCAUGACGAUAGGUCAGAAAAAUUUAGUGAUGUUUAUGUGGUUUAUGGAAUGUAAAUUUUUAGAAACCAAAUUUGUCACAUUUAAAAAUCAGAGCUUUAAUAUCAAUAGAAUGACUGUAAUCUCAAACACCUACUAUAUUAUUUUUCCUAUUUCUGUUGUUG